AUGAAGCGAGUUUUAUUUUUUCUCGCCAAAAUGGCUGACGCGUCGGUGUCGAUGCGCGCAAAGAAAAUACCCGAUAAUUUAUAUGAGCUGUGUUUGACGAAUUUAGUGAACUAUUUGCAGAAAUCUAAGUGCGAGAGGAAUGAUUUGCGGUCAUUACCGGAUAGCAUCCUCAUGGAUGUUUAUUAUAAGAUGCUGCAGGAGAAGAGACUAUGUAUCCUGGGCGCGGAGCUGUCAGAGUUGGACACCUUCGAGCGGCUGCUGCGCUUCUCCGGGGCCCAGCUGCGACUGUUACAGUGCUUCCAGGCGGUGAUAGAGCACGGGUCCAAGUUGUCCGGGGAGCUCGCCAGCGGGUACCUGGCGCGUUGCGACGCACACUCACGAGCCACCGAUGCGCUCAUAUACCUCGGACUUAGAUUAGGUGGUUUCCUGAACGAGGCGGGGUGGUACGCAGACGCACAGCGCGUGCUGCUGCGCUGCCGGGAGAUGUGCCAGGCGCAGCCGCAGACGACAUACUACAAAAGACUUACACUCGAAUGCUGUCACAGGUUACUAAACACACAAUCGGCGUACUGCUGCUUCCCCGCGGCGGCUGAGACGUACGCCCUUGCCCUCAAGCUGCUGGGCAUCCCGGACGACGUGAGCGGAGACCUGCCCGAGGGGCCCUUCGCGGUGGGAGACACGUGUGACCAGGGACUGCAGACUGACGAUGACCAGAGAUUAGAAGACCUACAAACUCUAGAAGACGAGGACCCGGGGUCAGGCCGGGUGGGGCGCGCGGCCGCGUGGGGCAUGUCAACCCUCGCAGCCCGAUUAUGCAAGGAGUUCAGCGCGUUAUACUUCGUGCGCUGCGACUACAGCGCGGCCCACGCCUGGAGCAUGCGCGCACUCAAGCUGCUCACGCCACACACGCCCGCCAAGAUCACAAUCGAGGUGGUCCGCGCGUGCGGCAAGGCGUGCGUGGUGAAGCGGCGCUUCUCGUCGGCGGGGCUGCUGGUGCGGCAGGCCGUGGGGCUGGCGCGGCGCGCCUUCGGGCCGCAGCACCCGCGCUACGCCGCCGCGCUGCUCGACUACGGCUUCUACCUGCUCAACAUCGACUCCAUCAACCACAGCGUCGCAGUCUACGAGGAAGCGUUGACAACCCUAAGACGAGUGUUCGGCCGGAGCAGUUUGCACGUGGCGACGGCGCAGGAAGAUCUAGCAUACGCUCUAUACGUUCUGGAAUAUUCCUCCGGGCGGUUCUACAAGGCGCGCGACCACGCCGAGCGGGCCAUCAGGAUCAUUGAGAACCUGGUCCCUCCGGACCACCUGCUGCUAGCCUCAGCGAAGCGCGUGAAGGCGCUCAUAUUGGAAGAGAUCGCGCUCGACACGCCUGCGGGACAGGACAUGAGCGAGCCGAGCCUGCUGGAGGAGUCGGAGUCGCUGCACAAAGCUGCGCUCGCGCUGUCCAUGAUGGCCUUCGGGGAGAACAACGUGCAGACUGCCAAGCACUACGGGAACCUCGGCCGCCUCUACCAGAGCAUGCACAAGUUCCAGGACGCAGAAACAAUGCACUUGAAGGCCAUAGCAAUCAAGGAGGAGCUCCUCGGGCCCGAGGACUACGAGGUGGGGCUGAGCAUCGGGCACCUCGCCUCCCUCUACAACUACCACAUGGGCAUGCACUGCGCCGCCGAGAAACUAUACCUCAGAUCCAUAUCCAUCAGUCUGAAGCUGUUCGGUGAGCGCUAUUCGGGGCUGGAGUACGACUACCGCGGGCUGGUGCACGUGUUCACGCAGCUCAAGCGGCACGACCGCGCCGACCACUACACCAGGCUGCUGCAGCACUGGCAUGAACUGCGGGAACAAUCGAAGCAGGAGCAACAACCGGCUCUUGGAGACGAGCAAGUGCUGCCGCUCGCGGAGCUCCAGGCCAAGUUCUUCAGCAACGACUGAGCGACGCCGCACUACUGACGACCGCGAGCCCGCGGCGGGUCACGCUCACUGCCAGCGACAUAGCCCGUGCGAAUUAAAAAGACAACUUGCUGGUGUAACUUACGUAGGUGUGAAGUGACUAGUUAUUUCGCACGGUUUAUACCGAUCGUAAUAGAAUUUGAAUUCAGAACAAAGAACGUUAUUGUUGUUUUGUUUUGAUUCCCGCGUGAACAGAACAAUAAAGUACUUAAUUCUAAAUUCAAAUUCUGAUACACGAUAAACCUUAUGAUUGAUGGACAUGGAAAUUAGGAUUCGUUUGUAUUUAAGGAGAUGAUUGCCAAGGGACAUAAAGAAAAUUGAAGCACUGCAAUGUACACUACCCGUGCGAAUUAAAUAGAUAUCUCGCUAAUGCAGAUUGCGUAAUAUGAGGUGUUUAGUUAUUUUGCGCGGGUUAUACUGAUCCGUAACCUAUACACAGUGUUCAGGCAGACAUUGGUGCCGAUUUAGGCAGACACCAACAUUUUUAACUUUAUUUGACAGGAUUAAAACUAGCUCUAUCUCUCUCUUGCACGUAUUGUAAGUGAAGGACGGCACUAGUUUAAGAGCUGUCAAACUAAAAUCGGGUUAAGUUUUUGUCCGCCAGAAUAGGCGCCAAUGUUUUUUUCUCUUUAACCAUAAACUAAAUUUGUAACUUUUUAAAAUUAUAAGACAGGGUACUAUGCCCCUUUAGAGAACGAAAAUUCCAACCAAUUCAGUAAAACAAUUAAACUGAAUAUAUGAAACUCAAUACAUUUUGUUUCAAAUCUUCUGGUUUAUAUGUACAGUUACGAGCAUUAAUACGUGCGUACAUAUACUUUAGGACCCUGUCGUAUUAACUUAUUGACAAAUUGUAUCCAAAGUCUCACUAAAUGUCUAAUAUUUUAAUACGAUAACGUUCUAAAGUGUUCAUGAUAGGGUGUAGUGCUUUGAUCGUACUUGUUUCUAUGUCAAACUUUUACAAUCAGUGUCAAACUGCCAUUGUAAGCCAAAAAAAAUAACGUCGGUUGCAGACUAAGCGAGUUUAGCUAACUCGCAUAGUGUUUGCGUAAGUGCGAGGGAGAUAGACUGUCCGCGCGCCCACUCUUACUUGUUAACGGCUUUACUUCCAAUCGGGUGAAAUCUUCUUAUCGUGUGGGUUGUGAGGUGGAAUACCAACCUCAUCAACCCUGGUGUCAGGGUUAUUACUUACCCGCCAAAAUCCCCUUACUUGGCUCAUGUAACGACUACAUACUUAUAUCAGAAAGUAGUAACCGGGACCAACGGCUUAACGUGUCUUCCGAAGCACGGAUCACCUUAGUUUCGGACAAUCAGGUGAUCAGCCUGUAAUGUCCUGACCAAAUUAGGGAUCACAAAGUGAUUUUUGUGAUAUGUCCUCAUCGAGAUUCGAACCCGGGGCCUCCGGAUCGUGAGCCCAACGCUCAACCACUGGACCACGGAGGCCGUUAUCGGGUGAAAUAAAUCAGGUGGAUACCAAUUGGUGCGGUUACCGAGUAACCGUUCUAUACGUAGUAUUCAUUAUUCUGUGACCCAACUAUGGAACGUCAGCUGUGCAAUGAGUAAUUUUCCAAUCGGCGUUCCUUAAGAAUCACGAUAGAUGGCGUUGUUAAGUUUUUUCUUCGUUUAAACUUCUAACAGACAUAUGCAUUUUUAUAUUUGUUUUUGGGUAUAAAUGAUGACCCGUUUUAUUACACCAAGGUACAAUUACAACUUCCACCCAUUAUUAUUCUGAUCAAAAUAAAGAGAAGCAUUAGUAGCAACAUCAUUCUAUACAUAAUGUGAUCCAAAUAUUAAGCAACAAUUAGUUUUAUAUAUGCUUCCAAAUACAUUUUUGAAUAAUAAUGUACCCCUGAGAAAAAAGGUAAUGGCCCCGAUUCCUGCAGACACCGCCUAAUUUUAUUUUAAGUUAUAUCCGUCAUUUUCAUAUCCGUCGAAAAGGAAAGGGACGGAUGAUUCACAGCUCUUAAUUUUAGGAAGAAUGAGUAAAUGAAUGAAUAACCCGGGCGAAUCAAAAGGUACGUCGCUGGUAUGCAAUCCGUUUGACGUGCUGUCUACUUAACUGUGUCGGGUUAUUGACGGAUGUAUAGUCCGUUCAAGAAUGAUCUUCAUUAAAGGUAAACAAAUAUAGCUGCCGAUAUUUUUUAUCUGUGUCAAACUGUAUACUAGUGAAGUGCUGAAUUGAUUUUAGCUCAAGUUAUUUUAUCAAAAUGAACUGACUCUCUUGGGUUGUUUGAAUAUUUUGUAUGAUAAUAUUAAAAUAUAUUAUAUUGUAUGUUUCUUUGUGGUUACACUAAGUCACUUUGAAAGUCAUUUAUUCUGCGCAUUUCGGCUUAUUAAGUACAGUACACUCACUUAAGUUAUUCACGGAACUGACUCGUUUUCCUGACCUGAAUGAAAUGUCUCAUCACUAAUCGUCAAAUUGACAGCUAGCCACAGAUUAACAAGAAUUUAUGAUGUCAACUUUUUUGUGUAAGGUUUUGUUUGAUUUUUGUUUUUACAUGAAAAAAUGUGUUUUUAAUAAUUAUUUUACGAUAAUCGAAAUCAUACAUCUAUUGAGUGCUACGGAUGUUAUUAGAAGAAUACUUUGCGUAGUUUAGGUGAAAUUCGAACAUUCUUUGUAGUAACAGGUUUGUUUACCUUUUAUGAAGAUCAUUUUUGAACGGACUAUAAAAUUUUUAGACGGUUGGUUUAGAUUUGUGCUUAAAAUUGACGUGUGUUCCAUAAAUUUUAUGUUUGUCGAUUACCCGUCCCUUUCCUUUUCGGCGGAUAAGAAAAUGACAGAUAUAACUUAAAAUAAAAUUAGAUGGUAUUUACAGGAAUUAGCAGCAAUAUCACGUUAAAAGUGAACAACGCCAUCUAUCGUGUGUUUGGGGAACGUCAAUUGGAAAGUUUCUCACUUAAGCCUCGCUUAGCUGUAACCGGCAUUACUUGCUUAUAGUAGAACUGUAUUUUGAAUUAACUAUAAUAAAAUUAUAUUUAAUUACGACUGCGGUGAAAUUUCUGUAAAUAAGUAUAGUUAAAAUGCGUCUGUGAGACAUAAAAACAAAUUAUAAUGUGGUAGAAAUUGAAUGGGCGGUGAUUGAUGGGCGGGACCUAUCGUGCAGUGAUAUCGGUAUUUUGGUGUGUUAUAAUUGAAUGUAAGUUAUAGUCAAACGGUUAAUAUUACCAGUUAUGAUGCUAGUACUAUGUUUUACCGAUCGAAGGUUGUAUGGUAUAAGAAAACCAGGCGAGUUAAAAUGGCCACAUCGAAGCGAUUCAUCUGAGAAAGCAAUAUUGCUAUUUGCAAACAGCAUUGCACACUUACUUUUCCACCCUCAGGCCUGUUGUCUUAAACGUUGUACCGGGUGAGAGCCUUCAGCGCUCCCCAUUUGUCCGGCCAAGUAGUUAAUGCCAUCUGCGGCAAAUCUACAAUAAGUCAUGUCAAAAAAAAAAAAAAACACUUACUUUUAUAUGCGCAAAUGUCAAAUUGCAACAUUGCUUUCUUAGAUGAAUUGCUUCGAUGUUACCAUUUUAACCCCCAUGUAUGCUCAAUCCUAUGAGAAGCCGCCUAAAUGUUACCACUGUGUUACCAUUAAAUUGGUAUCUCCAACAUUCCAAGGACGUAAAUUUUAUUAUUGUGUAGUGAGGCACCCCUUGUAAAAAAAAUAACCCCUUGUAAAAUUAAGUGAAUUACUGACUAAUGUAUUUAAUUACUGUUACUUAUCACAUAUACUAUAAAAAUCUGUAAAACUGUUAGUAAAUGUUACUACUAAAGUAACUGUUACUAAAGGUUCAAAAUGUCCUUGCAAAGUAAACAAAGUAAAUAUAAAAACAUAGGUCGCGGGUAAUUUUUUUGUAACAAAAUGGCAACACAGUGUGGGAUGACGUCAGCUGGGCUAACCUUGAAAUGUUAGCUGUCGCUUUUAAGCAUACCUGGUUUUCUUAUACCAUGGAAAGUUGUAUGUAUCGUCACCUUAUAGUGAAAAUUGCAGUAAAAAGGCGCAAUAGUUAUGAAAAAGAGAACUUUAUUACCUAGCCUUUAGGUAAAUGGUUCUGAUUCAAGUACACACCAUCUAAGUGUAUUUUAAGUUACACCUGUCAUUUUCAUAUCCGCCGAAAACGAAAAGGACGAAUAAUCGACAGGCAUAAAAUUUAUUCGUCACACGUCAAUUUAGGCAGAAAUUUAACAAAUACCCCGACAGAAUUAAGUUGACAGCACACGUCAAACGGAUUGCAUAAUAUGAGCGAGAUGCCUAUAUUAUUCGCUCGGGUUAUUGUUUAAUUCUAAAAUUAAGAGUUGUCAAUCAUCCGUCACUUUCCUUUUCGGUGAAUAAGAAUAUGACGUUUAUAACUUAAAAUAAAAUUUGGAGGUGUCGGCAGGAAUCGGGGCCCAGUAUCAGAGUAGAACAAACACCUCGGAAGCAUUUUAAAUUCACAUGAAAAUGAAUCACAUUUUCAUGACGUAACGUACAUGAAAAUUAAUCACAUUUUUAUGUGAUUUUUUUCAACAAAACCUCGAAACGGAGCUUUCAUUCCAGGAAAAACUGACACCAUUUUUUUACCUGGUUUAAAACUAUCGACUGUAUCGCGAGGUUUUGUUGACAAAAUUCACAACCGAAUGAGAUUUUUCAAAGUUGCGCUUAUGUGGUUUUCACUAUAACGCGACGAUAUGAGAGUUGUAGCGAGAUGAUCAGAUUUGCACCACAAACAUCACUACAUAUCACAUUUUUGGAGAUUUCUAAACAUUUUUCUCAUAUUUCUAUAGAUUAUUAUUUUAUAUAAUUUUGCAGUGAACGUGCCUACAUUGUUAAUAAGAAACAUGCACAAAUAUAGAACAAAAUAAUCGUGUAUUUAUGUAAGAUUGUAAAUAGGGUAGUUUCCAACUAGUCAAAUCAGUUACUUUUUACCAAAAGUCAAAACACGAAAUUUACUAUGGAAUUUGUAUGUAUAAGUAACCUGGGACUUCAUAGAAAACGUGAUAAAAUGUCCCACUUACAUUUUUCUUUAUUAAAUUUAUGAAUAAGUUAAUUAUCACUUUUAGAUCUGUCUUUAUUUAUUAAUCAGAAUUUAUCUUUGACCUAGGAUUCUACCCAAUUACAGUUGCAAAUGUAAGGUGUGAUGUCAAAUCGUAGCACAAUUUGCUGUAAGGGUCUUACGAAGCCAACUUUGUUUGUGCUAAGCUUGGUUGGUAAGACGUUAUGUGAUAAUGUAUCUCAGUAACCAAGUGAAAGAGUGGAAUUAGGGAACUGUUUCUUAAGGUCCCCAUGAUAAUGGUGUUUGCAUAGUAAAGAAGACCAGGUACGCUCAAUCCUAUGACAAGCCGCCAUUGCUAGUCUAUUCAUGACGUAAGUGUUACCAUUCAAUUGGUAUCUCCAACAUUCCGAGGACGUAAAUUUUAUUAUAAAAAAAAUAAGCGAAUUACUGACUUAUGUAUUUAAUUACUAUUAUUUGUCACAUAUACAAAAAUCAUUACAAUUGCAUGUAAAUUAAAAACAUUAACAGUGGGUAAUUUAUUUUUUACGAAAUGGCAACACUGGGUCGGAUUACGUCAGCUGGGGCUAACCUUGAAAUACUAGCUGUCAGUUUUGAGCAUACCUGGUCUUCUUAUACCAUGGGUGUUUGAGAGUAUGCGGAAAAAUAUUGCGAGCGCGUAAACGCCAGUGUCAUGUCACCUUGCAGUGAAAACUUCUUAAGCGCCUUAUUGAAACAUUCGAAUGUAUUUUUAUUAACACAACGUCGCAAUAGAUACGCUUGUUUCAUACCAGCUAAAAAUUUGUGGUUUCAAUGUUUACCCUGAUUAAAAUUAAUUGAAAUAAAUCGGAGUUUUGUUAAAGAAAAUCACAUUCUGCUCGUGAUAUAAUAAAACAAGGUAUGAUCGAGCCUAUGAAAAGCCGCCAUUGCUAGCCGUUUGAUGACGUAAGCGUUACAUGAGUGUUACCAUUAAAUUAAAUUCCAAGGACUUAAAUUUUAUUAUUGAAAAUUAAGCGAAUUUCUGACUAAGGUACUUAAUUAUUAUCACUUGUUACUACAUAUUUAGAAAUCAUUAAAACUGUAAGUAAAUAUUUUACUAAAAGUGCAAAAUGGCCUUGCAAAGUAAAUUUAAUCUAUUUUUUACAAAAUGGCAACGGAGGGUGAAAUGAUGUCAGCGCGGCUAACCUUGAAAUGUUACCUGUCACUUUUGAGCAUACCGUGUUUUAUUAUAUCAUGAUUCUGAUGUAAUUUUUCAAAAUGUCGCUUACGAUGUUUUCACUUUAAGGCGACGUUACGGUUCUUAGAUACGUCGGCCGUGAAAAUUCUGUAAGAUUUUAGUAAUAGUAAUCAUUGAGCUUAUCGUUCCUAAGUGAUUUUAUUUCCACAAAGUAUACAUACUCUUGUACUAUAGCUACUAUAUUAUCGCUUUAGCGCUUAUAAACUUAGAUUAACUUGUAUAAUGUGAAAUGGCAUGUACAUAUUUUGCUUUGCCGAUGUUUCCAGUGUCGCGACAGUGUUCUCAUGUAAAAAUAUUAUGUAAAUUUAAUGCGGAGAUUGCUACUGGUACAUUUAUUGGAGUUAUAAAGGUGUCUAUAUAAAAAAAUAUAUAUUAUAAUAAUAAUAUAUUAUAUAUUGUAUUUAAAUACGUGUUAACUGAUAGUUCGAAGUUUCUAGUUGAAAAGCCAAACAGUGCUGCGUGAGCCGGCGUAACGACUAAUAGUCCAAUAUUUUAAUGUAAAAUAGUCGGUAUGAAAUUUUAAGUAUAAAUUAACGUAUAGUAUUGUGCGAAUGGCCUGCGCAAGUGAAAUUUAUAUAGACAGUGUAUUAGUGUAAAAUGUAAUUUGAUCCAUACUCAGCUUGACUAGUAUUUUUAUGGGAGAUGUUAUUGUAAUUAGAGGAUUGUGAGUGGCUGGUAUGCGAUACGCGAAUAAAUAAGUUUUAUGACGAGA